UCCUUCGUCAACGUCUACUACUCUACACUCCGCCUUGGUCCGUCCCUCUCCGCCCGUCUCUCUCUCUCUCGUCGAGAUUAGGGUUUCCACUUCGAGAGGGCGAACGCCGGCGAUCCAUCUAGGCCUCCGGAAAGCAAUCGACAAACACCCGAUCGGCCCUAGGGUUGUGCAUUCGGGUGUGGCCGCGUGUUUGUGCUGCUGUAUUUCCCGGAAAAUUUGAUCGGAGGCAUUAAAUCAUUGAUUUGUUGGACAAUUGCUGAUGUUGAUCGAUCAAGAACCGAUGAACAACCCCAUUGAUCUCUCCCGGUUGGCGUCUCGCUGGCGAUCGAGCGACGAGUGGAAGAAGAUGGUCGAGGAGAUGGAUUCGGCGGAGCCGAUGCCAUCGCAUUUGAACACGAUCAACAGCUCUGGCCUGUUCCACAUUGUAUCCACCGACAAGAUGUCGGUCCUCUACAACGAGACCCCACAGCACGGGCAUGACGUUGGCGUCGUGCAGGCUGACUGUCCGGCGCCGACGAGGAGGUUGGCAUACUAUUUCGAGAUGACGGUGAAGAAUGCGGGGCAGAAGGGGCAGGUCACGAUUGGCUUCACUAUGCAGCACUUCAAGAUGCGGCGGCAGCCUGGCUGGGAAGCCAAUAGUUGUGGUUACCAUGGGGAUGAUGGAUAUCUCUACCAUGGACAGGGAAAAGGAGAAUCUUUUGGGCCAACAUUUACGACAAAUGAUAUUGUCGGUGCUGGCAUUAAUUAUGCAACACACGAGUUCUUUUUCACGAAGAAUGCAAAGCUUAUUGGAACAGUUGCAAAGGUUAUAAAAGGACCCCUUUAUCCAACAAUAGCUGUUCACAGCAAGAAUGAAGAGGUAACUGUGAACUUGGGGAGGACACCAUUCUAUUUUGACAUUGAGGGCUAUAUAAUGGAAGAGAGAUUAAAACAGCAGACAGUGAUUGAAAAGCAUUCCUUACAACCAAAUAUUAGCCACUGGAUUGUUCGUUCCUAUUUGUUACACUAUGGUUACCAAGAUACAUUGAAGUCAUUUGACCUUGCAAGUGAAAGUACCUAUUCUUCAGUGUCCUCAAGCACAGAGAAUGGCUUUAGUGAUCAAGAUAUCUAUGCGCUUAAUCGUAGAAAUAUACUACGUCAGCUAAUCAUGAAUGGAAAUAUUGAUUCUGCAUUUCAAAAACUUCAAGAGUGGUAUCCUCAGGUUGUGCAGGAUGAGUUGUCCGUUAUCUGUUUUCUACUUUGCUCUCAAAGGUUCAUUGAGUAUAUUAAGAUAGGGCAGUCAGAAGAUGCAGUAAGUUAUGGUAGCUCCGCGAUAACCAAGUUCUACAAAGUAAAGAGUUAUGCUGAUCUGCUUGAGGACAUUGUUGGAUUGCUGGCCUAUAAAGUUCCAGCAGCAUCAAGCCUUGGAUAUCUACUUGAUGUGCCACAGCGUGAGUUCGUAGCUGAUGCAGUAAACGCUGCAGUUUUAUCCACAAACCCUGCCUUGAAGGAUCCAAACAGGUGCAUGUACUCAUGCCUGGAGAAGCUGCUGAAGCAACUCACGCUGUGCAGUCUAGAGAGAAGGGCGGCGAUGGAGGGUCAAGGGGAGGCAUUUUAUCUUCACUUUGAACUACAAAGUGCUGGAAAAUCCAAGCGCGGUUAGGGCACACUGUUACUUACAGUUUCGAUCCAGAAUGCACAAACUCCAUUCAGCGACAGGCCUGAUCUGGCCAAUUCUCUAGGAAAAAGAAUACAUAGUUGUAUUUCAUUCAAUGUACAUUACAUUGUAAAUAAGUACAAUAUCUGGUAGCUAUGAUGAAAACUUCUGUUGGAACUCUUCCUAAUUUGGUAAAACGUAGAAAAUGUUAUCUAUAUUUAUUUUAAGUUAAAUCCACGGUUUGAAUUUUAA